CAGCUGCUCGUGUGGCGCCAGCGCGGCCGGCGCCGCCGUGGGCACACUGGUGGCCGCUCUGGUCGUGGCCGGCGUCGCCCUCCUGCUCUGGAGGCUCUACUGGCGUGGCCGCCGCGGAAAACACUUGGUGCUGGUGACGGAUUCAGAAGCCGCCGGAGACCAAUACGCAUUCGACAACCCGUGCUUCAGAGAUGGGACGCCAAUGGCGCACCUUGCUGCAGAGAAGGAAGCCGCCAAGGAGGAUCAAAAGGCGCGGUGGGCGUCCGGGUGGAGCCCGCUAGGGGCGCUGGUGGCGGGCAAGGCGGCCGAGAAGCGGCGCGCCUUCGACGACUCCUUCAUCGGGGAGCCUCAUAUCCGCAUAGUUUCGCUACGGAGCCACGACUUCACCGGCCUGGGCUUCACGGUGUGCGGCAACAUGAGAGACGGCAUCUUCGUCAAGGACGUGCUGCACCGUGGGCCCGCUUCCGAGUCAGGUCGGAUAGCACCAGGUGACAGGAUUGAUAGCGUCCGCAUCAGUUUUCGCCACAUGGUGUUUGAAGAUGCACUGACUAUUCUUAGCUAUGCUUCUCCAUAUGAUGUUCAACUUGAGGUAGAAAAUGCUACAACAUCACGACCAAGUACUCUUAUCAGGACAAAGAGGAUGUCUGGCUCAAGUGUUGGUCCAGCAGACAGAAUAUGUCACCCAUUUUAUAGAAGCCAGUCAAUCGCAGAUUUAGCGCAGAUUGGUAAGGAUAGUCUGAAACGAGGUCAUAACAUGGCCGGCACUACAAGAUCACCAAAAAUAUCAAAAUCUGACUCUUUCAAUGACUCUGGAGUUGGGGAUUACCCAACACUGAAGGUGACAAAUUCACCAAAAAGUUCUCUGGCAAGGAAAGAUGUGACAAAGCCAGAUAAAGGUGCUCGAGUAAGUCCUACUUCUGGAGUUGUGGUAAAACCUGAGAGAAUAAAAAAAGUGGUUGGAAAGACAACAGUGAUUGCAAAUAAAUCUUCAAUAGAUGAGCCAGAUGGUUCACUUGAGACUGUAAAUAAAUAUCAGAAGUUUGGUGUCAGAGUAUUGCCUGAGUCAUCAGAUUCACUGAAAAAUGUUAGUGCACCAGUUCAAGGCAAUGUUGAAGUUAACAAAGAACAACAGACUGUAAGGCAAGGUACAGUCCCAGAUAUUGUAUAUACUACUGCUGUUGAACCAGAGCGCCAUCAGAAUGAAAAGAAUAUAAUGAUAGAAAAAGUGGUUACAAGAAGUGGAAGUAAUGAGGAGGACAAUAACACAGGCAAUAAUUCAUCUUCAAAUAGAGCAAAGCACAGUGAAAGUGUAAAUGUAAAAAAUAGCCUACCUGAUGACAGUGUGCAAACAGCAAAUUCUUUAAUUUAUGAUGAAAGAGCAAUUGAUGUUGGACCAGUCGCAGAGCAUCAAGAACCAACUGCUUCUUUUAAACAAGAUGCAAAAAAAGAAGUUGAAAAAUUUUAUUCAAAGAGCACAGAUAGUGACACCUCACCUGAAGGUGCAAAAGAACACAAUGUUAAAUUAUUUCUUAGCAAAGGUCUGCAGAAUCUUAAAGAAAAGCUACAUCCAGAUAGAAGAAAGAAUAAUUCAUCUGAAAUUCCUUCCUUGAGUGGUAAUGAAGUGAAAAAUAAAAUGACCAGCAUACAGAGUGGCUGUUUUUCCUCAGACAGUGAAGAGAUUGAUGAUGAUAGAAUAUUUUCACUGGAAGGUGAGUCUAAGAAAACAGAAAAGAAACUGAGGAAAGACAACAGCUCAGAAGUAAAGGAGAUCCAUUGUAAUUUUGAAGUGCCAACAGACAUUCCAGAAGAAGUACAAAGAGCUGCAAUGGCUGCUCGUUCCAAUAGAAAAGCACCUGCCAUUGCUGCAGCUGUUGCAAAUGCAUCAUUAAGUGACCUAAACAGGAUAAGUGACAGCAAAGCAAAUGAAUCAAGGAAAAGUUUGAGUGAAGACAGUUCAAGCGAUUAUGAAGCAAUGCCAGGAAUUGCAUCUGAUAGCUUAGGAAGACCACCUAAAAGACACAACAAAAGGAAAGCUCCCCUUCCCCCUGCGGAGGACUAUGAAGGAGGUAACAACAGAAUAAGGGAGUCUGGAGACCCUGCAUUAAGACAUAUAAUUACAGGAAUAGAAAGCCCAACUUCUGCUUUCAGUUCAGAGGAAAAUCAAGCUAGCAACAAUGUCAAUGGUUCUGAAGUGCCUGACAGCUCAGUAGUUGGAAAUGUUGCAACACAUACUAAAAGAAAUCUUGUUAAGGAUUUUGGUGGAUGUGAAGAUAAAUCACCAGAAACUUUUACUCUUGUACCGAACAUUCCAGGUGACACCACUCAAAAGACUGGCCAUGACAUUUCUGGGAAAGAUAUUACUAAUAUAACAGUUAAUAUAAAUUCAGCUGAGACUGUUCAGUCCUUUGUCCCAAAGGCAAAUGUUCAUGGUGAUGUGGGAAACACUAACAUACACAAUGGUGUAAUUCCUGCUGACAGCAGUUCUAGUGGUACAUCGACAAUGGAAACGAGGAACCUCGACUAUGACAGUGUCAACAUAAGUAACACAAACUCUGAUUCUGAUUCAGACCUUGAGAGGAUUGAAGCAGACUGUGGCUAUGAAGGCAAGAAAAACAAGAAAGGAGGCACAACAAUUGAGCUCAAUUCCUCUCAUAUCACAAUUCAUCACAGUCCAUCAAACACAACUCAAGUCUGUACAGAAAUUGAAAGUGAAAGUACUCGUAAAGCCGCAUCACUAGGAGAUCUUUCAAGACUUGACACUGAACAGCCAAUGAGUAUUCUAGAGAGAGCAGUGUCACUUGAUCUGGCAGAAGGUGGAACACCAAUUGGCACAAAAAAGAGGAAAGCACCACUCCCACCAGGUGAAGACUAUCUUGGAACUACUCAAGAUGGUGAGGAAGGUGUCUCCUACAAAAAAGAACCAAGACUAGAUGGUGCAAUGGACACUUUCCAAAGACAGCGUUUAAAAAAAUCAUCAGACUGGGGUACCUUAGAAGAAGCUCUAAAACAGAGUGAAAAUUUUCUGAGUAAACCAAGCCACCCUAAAGAUGGGAAGGAAUUUUUAGAAAUUUCUAAAGUAUAUACAUCUGACGAAUUGUCUGAUUCAAACAGCAAACUUAUACCAUCAAAUGAGUUUUCAUUGUCUGAUUCACAAGUGUUGCAAGAAGGUAUGAGCAAAACAAGAACGAGCAGCCACUCUUUACCUGAUGCAGUUUCUCAAGAAUUUAAUAUGACAGCUACUGGAACUGUAAAUUUUGACAAAACAACACCAGUGAAAGCUAGCGGCUCUUAUGCAAGUGAACCUAAUGAAAUUAAAGACCAGCAACAGAAAAUGGUGCUUCACAUAGAAUCAGAUUUACAGGAAGGAACUGAUAGUAUCCCUGGCUCUCAAAUGAAUUUAUCAUCACCAUCAUCAGACCAACAGAGCAGUUCAGGAAUAUCUUAUUCUCUUCAGCCAGAGUUAAAAGAUACUCCUUCAAGACCAAUGAGGCUGGCAAGUUCUAAGAAAGUCAUGAACACUGAUCCUGCUUCUUUAAAACUGGAUUCUUACAAACAAAUGCCAUCUGGUGUUUUGAGUUCAACUCCUCUCACAAAAAGAGGAAUUCCAAAUAAAGAUCAAGAAAAUUCAUUUAUGGAUAUAAUGAAUUCUUCUCCAAUUUCACAUGAAAAGGGCAUAAGUCUACAAAACACUGCUGUAGAUAAUCAACUCCCUCCACAUAGUGAAGGCAGUGUUGAUACCACUAUAGUGACAGAUUCAAGGACACACAACAUUUCUUCAGAUAUAGCAUCUAAAAGUAACACAGUCUCAACUACAGACCCUUUUAUGACAGCAACAAGUAGUGUCCAGGCAUCCAUUGGUGGAAUACUCAGUCAAGAAGAUCUAAUGUGGAGUAAAGAAACACCACCACCAGACUUGCCAACAACACCUGUACCUGUAUUAAGUCAGGUAUCUUCCUUUGUUCCUUCUUCUACUUCUAUGACAUACAUUACAGAAAUUCAAGUAGUUACAAGUGAUGAUGGCACUAAGCCUAAACACACACUAUCUGACAUCAGCCAGUCUUCUGGCAUGUCAGUACCAGCAUCUUUGCAUCUAGAUAAAGGCUCUCCUAAAAUUACAUACCAGGGUGCAUCUACAAAUCCACAUUCUUCAGCAAAAUUAGAAAUUAAUGAAGCUGAAAUUGAUACAACAGAUAUGUCAUACCAACAGUCAAAAAACAAUGUAACAAUAACAGCUAUUAAGGCAGACAUAGCAUCAGACAAUGCAACACGAGAAACCAGACAAAGUUUGCAUAUAGCGCCUAAUAACAAUACGAACAGCAUAGUAGAUAGAAAAGGUAAACUUCCAAGGCCACCUGUACCACCACGCAAAUCAGAAAUAUUGUCAUUAAUGUCUUCAAACAAUGUUGCUCAAGCUGUCAUGCAUCAAGACAUACAGCCCUCGACAAGUACAGUUGAAAGACCACACACAGUCACUCAAAGUGCACAGGGUGACAGCAGUGGCAGAUUCAUCACAUUUUCAACACUAACACCAAGAGGUGGACUAGGAACUGAGGGCAAUGUUGGUAGACACAACAGCAGUUUUGAGCAGUGGGUGUUUUUGGAUGAAGGGAAUAGAGAGACUCCAACAAACCACAAUGGAAUAGAAAGAGCUAUUGGAAAUGUAAAUGACUCACCCAUAAUGAAACAUUCCUCAUUUCUUACAUUCCCAAAUAACGGAGCAAGUAGAUCACAAUCUGUUACCCAUAUUUCAUUUGACACUAAAAAAGAGAGCGCAGAUAACUGAAAUCAAUGAAAAUUCUUUUUUUUACUUCCAUGUUAUUAAAAAAAUUUGAAUACUGAAUUAAACUGAUGCAGUGUACUUCAUAGAUGACAGCUUAUUAAAGAGGUAACUGGCUUGAAUUACCAAAGUUUAGUGGGGGUCAUGUUCAGUUAAAAUGUCUGUGUAUAUUUUUCAUUAUACAAACUUUCUUUUAUUGUUAAAUAUUCUCAUUCACCAAUACUGAUGAGGGACAAAUAUCUUCUACAGGAAGCCUUUGUUGAAAUAACAGUGAACUGAAUUCCUCAUUUUUCACUAAAGGUAGUGUAUACUGUGCUAAGCACAUUUUAAGUAUGACACGUGAAAUGUGUCAUGAAUGCCAUUAUAACUAAGUUAGUUGUGUCUGCAUUUUAGAAGUCAUUGUUGAAACUGAAGGUGCUAAUUUUAAAAACUGUGUUUAAUUGAUGACACAGACACAUAUGUUACAACCUCAUUUUUUUCUAUACAUAUAUACAUAAUUCUUCAUUAAUGUGAGCUAAGAGUUUUACUUAUGUGGUUCUAAGCAUUCUUUCUCUGAUUAUAGAAAUGUAUACUAUGUAUACUUACUUUUUGCUGGCAUUAUCUAUUUGGAGAGUACUUAACACAAAACUGUCAAUUAAGACAAGUGUUUUGUUUUUUAUAAAUAUGUGAAAGUAAUUACUAUCUAAAAUUAAUUUCAUGUAAAAGCUGCAGCUGAGGAAGAAAACUUAAGAAUCCUUAUUGUGCUUAUCCACUUAUGAAAGAAAGUAUUCUAAAAGAAAGAAAUGUAUUUGUUUGUUUAUAUUCCAUUUCAGAGUUUUACUUGAAAAUGAAUUCAUUUUAAUUUCCCUUUUGAUCAACAACCUACACACAGUUAGUUUCAUAGACACUACUUCAACUCUAAAAUCUCAGUGUGUGCCAGUAAGUCCUUGUGUAAAUGUUAAAAAAGAGAAUGUAAGUGUACAGUUCUCAUUCCAGUGUUUUCAUUAAUUGUACAGAAUUUUCAUUCAUCAAUAUUGUUACAAACUACUGUACAGAUUAGAAGUAUUUCAGUACAAAUUUAAAGUUUGUAAUAACUUUUUUCUGCAAAAAAUAAAUAUACUUUCAACAAAUACAACGAAAACUUCCUUCAAUCAGGAUAUUAAAUGUAGAAGCAUAUAAGAUGACUUACAGAUUUUAAAAGACAGUAGGUAGAAAAUGCUAAGCCAUAUGUAGGGUGUUUAACAUGAAAAAAGUCUAAUUGACUGCAAGCCAAAUAUGGGAAAAGAACAAGAACUGGUGGAACAAGCAAAUAAGCACUUGUGUUUACAAGAACAACAGACCAGAAACAUAAUCUAUAGAAAACAAAAUAAAUCUUACAAAGUGUAGUCAGGCAGGUGUGAAAACCAUUCCACUGACAGGAUUAGCUGCAUCAGUGUCAGAAAUGGAACCAGAUUGCUUUUCAUGACACACAAUAAAUGUCUAUAGAUUU